GGAUUUAUUGCUCUACUGCAUUGUAAUAUAAGUGAAAUACCAGUUAGAGAAAGAUAGGCAUUCAAUUAAGUGUUUCGCUCUACCAUCAAGGUUUGUGUUAUAUAUUUGUGUUUUAGCAUAGCAUGUCGAGGGACAGGUCAUUAUAAAGUAGGACACGGUGGAGCAGACUGAAGACAAAAUCCAUCCGAAAAUAACAUCCAAAUUGUAACCUAAUGGCUGAGAAUAACUUCCCUCCGCUACCGGAAUUUAUUCCCCUGAGGCCGUGUUUUUACCAGGACUUUGAGGAGAUCCCUGAACAGCAUCGCACCAUGUGUAAGAGGAUGUACCACCUGUGGAUCUUGAACACUGCCACUCUGGCUGUGAAUCUUGUGGGCUGCUUCGUGUGGAUGAUGGGCGGUGGGGGCGUGACUAACUUUGGCAUGUCCAUCAUCUGGCUCCUCCUCUUUACGCCCUGCUCCUACGUGUGCUGGUUCAGGUCGAUCUACAAGGCUUUCAAGUCAGACAGCUCCUUCUCCUUCAUGGCCUUUUUCUUUGUGUUCAUGGCCCAGGUUGGCAUCAGCAUCAUCCAGUGCAUCGGUAUCCCUGGUUGGGGAGUGUGUGGGUGGCUAGCCACCAUCUCUUUCUUCAGCUACAACAUCUUCAUUGCUUUGGUCAUGUUGGUGCCCACGCUCAUGUUCACGGCUGUGGCCUCUCUGUCCUUCAUCGCCCUCACCAGGAUCCAUAACUUCUACCGCGGCAGUGGGGCCAGCAUGAGUAAGGCCCAGGAGGAGUGGACCACGGGGGCCUGGAAGAACCCCCUCGUCCAGGAAGCCGCCCAGCAGGCAGCCAUGGGGGCGGCUCAGGGCGCCAUGCAGGGCCAGGGCCAAGGCCAGGGCCAGGGCCAGGACCAGCAGUACUCCACCCCUCAGUACGACAACCAAAUGUAGCUUCCGAAAGGGAGGGGGAGGGGUAUGCCGAGGCUUGAUCUGGAUUUGAAUGUCUGCCUCUGGGUAACUUGUGCUCUGGGCCUAUCAGAAGGUCUCAUUAGGGCAUUACAUUUAUACCACACCACCGUGCAGUUUAGUGAAUGUAUUGCAAACAAUAUGGUCAGAUCUUCUGUAAAACUUCAGCAGCUUGUUUGUGGGUUAUCUGGAAAACUAUCCUCACAACUUCCAAAAGUUGGAUCACUAUUUAGUAUUAAACAGUUUUCUGGUUUUAGAUCCUGAACUUUACGUUUGGGUUACUGUUGUGUCUCCAUAGAGAACUAUGGUGUGGUUGAGUUUUAUUUGAAGCUUUUCAUCUACUAAAAGGAAAGCAGCAUAAGGACUUUCUUAAACAGAGAACAGUUAUUAUUACCUUAAUUUGACCUUAAUUUGACACUUGACUGAGUUUGCAUUAAAUCUGUAAAAAAGAACUCUGCAUGCAUUUGUGUACUAUUAUGGGAGGAUUAUUUUAGCAUUCACUUAACGUUUGCAUUCUUUUGGGAUAUCAAACUGUGGUGGGGUUCGAAAUGUUAAUGGAUUUACAAAACUUGAACUUGGACCUUGACAACACCCAGGUUGUUGCAAAAAGUCUGUACUGUUAAAAUAUAUCAGUUAAAAAUAUCGACAUUUUAAAUUAUGUAUUCUGACUCUAUUAUGUACAGUGUUUAUAGAUAUACAUAUGCAAUAUAUUUAAUGUAUGUAUGUAUGUAUUGUAUGUAAUGUAUUUCAGUUCCUUCAAAUGUCUGUAUAGAAGGUUCUUUUUUUAAACCUGUGUGUGUAUAAUGUCUAGUCUGUGGUAGACAGCUUGUCCCCUGCUAUAUGGCUAUUCGACCACAAGGGGGUACUGUCUUUUCGUUGUUCAAUCUAUGACGAAGGCUUGUAUGCAUGCUACAUCCAUGCACAUCUGGCUGUAUUGUUACUCAUUCAUUCUGUAGCAGUCGCUGUCUAAUCUCCUUGGAGGAGCCCCUAAUCUGAGUGGGCCCCAGCGAAUCUCACCCUACUCUGAUCUCCCCAACAGCGCAGAUGGUUGGCCAGGUGGUCCCCAUAAGUACACCCCCGUCUGCAGGGGGAGAAAUGGGGAUGGUUUGUGGCACAAUAUGGGUGUCACUGGCUCUUGCUGUGUAGCAAGGAGGUGUAGAAACAACCUAAAUUGGCUGGGGCUUCAGCAUUACCCUGGUGGGAUCACAGUUUCUCUCCUAACUCUUGGAGGAGAAACUGUCUGUUCUCUGUGGGGAAUAGGUUGGAAAGCCAUUGAGUGAAAGCGCAGCUAUCAAAGGGAUACUUGUCAGUGUAACUGGUGGAGUAUUACAUUAGCAAAUGAUUCUGCAGGAACAGUCUGUGUUGAGCCGUCUGUGGACAGUCAGUAAGGAGGAUUAACCAGGAAGUGGUAGAGUACACGGAGGUCCCGCUGGCUCUCACUGGAGACUAUUCUCCUCAUCCAGCUCCUUCCUCAUGUCAUACUGGGAUUUACACGUUUUUAAAUGGACCUUAAACAUGUCACUCGUUUUUUAGAUGUCAUCGUAUUAGAAUUUUUUUUUUUAUGUCGUCUUCUUGUCAGAAUUAUUCAUUUCCCUCAUGGACAAUAAACACAUCCUAUAGCA